CCAGCCUCCUCCCCCCUCUCCCCCACCAUCUCUCUACUAGAGGAGGGAGACCUGCGCAGCCUGGACCCCUGUAAGGACCUAUGGGGUUCCCGGGGGUACGAGGACUACCGGCGUGCCGGGGCGCAGAGGACCAUGGUGGGCGGUCUAACUGGGGGGGUGGUGGUGGGCAGUGGGGGCAGCAUACAGGACAAGUCCACAGAGCUGUGUGUGGUCCGCUUUGAGAAGGAGGUGGCAGGGGUGGGUACGGCGGGCUGCGAGGUAACGGUCACUCUGGACAGUAAAGGUUCCCAGCGCCUCUCCUCCUCCUCCUCGCCCACGUGCAUGGCCUCCAUGCCCAAUGCUGUAUCUGGAGGCUCGUCGGGCGCCGGCUCGCCCCAAGAGACCGGGAAGGGAAGUCCCUCCCCUUGCUGCAUCCACACCUCUCUGGCCACUCCCCGCUCACGGACUCGCAAGCGAGGAGGAGGUGGAGGAGGAGGAGGGGCAGCAGCGGGAGGCGGGGAUGGUACCGACGGUGACCCGGCCAUCUCCCCAGACGAGGACAGUCCGUGUCCGGCGGGGUCGUCGUGUUCGUCGCGCUGCGUCUACUGCCGCUCCGUGUUCAGCCAAUCAGAGAACGGGCGGGGCCGCUGCCGGGACGCCCCCGACCCCGCCCUACACUGCCUGCGCCAGUGGACCUGUGUGUGGUGCGCAGAGAGCCUGCUUUAUCACUGUAUGUCGGACUCAGAGGGCGAGUUCUGGGAGCCGUGUUCCUGCGAGGACUCUUUAGGGGAGGGCCAUCCCCACCCUCUGUGCUGUGCCCGCUGGCUGGCCCUCCUGGUCCUGUCCCUGUUCGUGCCCUGCAUGUGCUGCUACCUGCCCCUGCGGGCUUGCCUGCGCUGUGGAGAGAGGUGCGGCUGUUGUGGGGGGAAGCACAAGGCCGUCCGGUGAGGCCAGGCU